UUGAAAAGAAAAGAGAAUAUGUUUAUCAUAAAUUCUCUGUUUUUAUAUUGAACUUUGAAUACAUAUAUUGCCAGUGUUUUAAGAUUAUGAUAAUAGUUCAAAUUUAGCAAAAUGUACGAAGGUUGUGCUGAAGUUCUUGUGGAAAAGCAGGACAAAAUUUUGAUUAUAAAAUUCAAUAACCCAAGAAAGAAAAAUAGUCUCAAUCAAAAUGCGUAUUCAGCAAUUGGACGAAUCUUUCGGCAAGCGGCAAAUGAUGAAACUUUGACGACGAUUGUUGUCACAGGUACUGGAGAUUAUUUUUCUUCAGGUAAUGAUCUGUCGCAAAGUCCAGAUAUAACCGAUGUAGAUGAGCAUGUUACCAAAACUACAAAAAAUCUUGCGGAUAUGUUGAGUGCUGUAAUAGAUUGUCCCAAGAUUAUAAUAGCACUAGUUAAUGGUCCAAGUAUUGGCAUAGGUGCUACGUUGACUGGGUUAUGUGAUAUUGCUUGGUGUACAGAAAAUGCUUAUUUUCUAACACCAUUUACGAAAUUGGGUAUUGUACCAGAAGCUGCUUCUUCUUAUUUAUUUCCACAUCUAUUGGGUCGAUCUAAAGCAUCAGAGAUGUUGCUGUGCUCAGAGAAAAUGUCGGCUAGUGAAGCAUACCAUUUUGGCUUUGUGUCAAAGAUUUUUAAAUCUGAAGAAUUGGAUAGUAUUGCAUGGCCUAAAAUUAGACAAUUUUCUGAACUUCCACCAGAAUCAGUUAGAGUAUCAAAACAACUUUUACGUAUAAAUGAAGUUGACUCCACAUAUAAAGCUAUUCGAAAUGAAUGCAAUGAAUUAAAAAAAAGGUUUACGUCUGAAGAGUUCAUGAAUGCAAUAAUACAAUUUGCCACAAGAAAAAGAAGUUCUAAAUUAUAAAGACAAUGGACGUUCGUCACGGAAACAGUUCUAGAUUGUCAAGGAUUAAGGGAUGUUAUAUUCAGUGUGGACUAUUUAAAAUUGAUCAAUAAAACAUUGUUAAGCUUAUUUUAAUUUGUUAAUAUUAGUUCUCCCAUACAGUGUAAUAAUUAGCACUAACGGUAGUGGGUUGUUCUAAUUGAAUUGGAUUUAGUGGUUGUAUUUUUAAUUCUCGAUUAAAAAAUAUAUUUUUUAACUUCUGCAUAUUAUACAUUUACAAAUAUACAUGUGUAUAUAAAUAUCUUGAGCAUAAAAUCUCAGUCAACAGAUUGCAAAAGAAAAAAAACAAAUAA